AUGGAACUCCAGUUUAUGGAGCAUACUGGCGCGAUGCGCAAGCCGAGGCUAGCCGUGCAAUGCAAACCAUUACAAAAAGGUUUUGAUCAACUAUUCACAAUCUAUCUGAAGCGUGACAAUACCCUUGACAAGCAGAACAUCACGUUCUGCGGUGUUCAAGUCAAGAAUACCACAACCAAGCCCAACUUUGCCCAAGACAAUUGCAAAUGGACUGAUGUAUCCUCUGAUGUUAAAAUCCCGAAGGCCAACCCAUAUCUCGUGCUUUUCAUGAGCCUGAAGACAAAAGGCGACGUGGCUCCGUUACUGCCGCCAGAUGCACGACGAGCCUCCCAAGUUUUUCAUGGUUUCAAGGGCUAUGCGUGUCUUCCUGAAGGCGUAGCUGAAGCUCUAGAAGAAAUGAUACAAGUCGAGCCGGAUUUGCGGUUGCUUCAUCAAGAUCAACCUGGAAGGGAAUACGCCCACACAGUCAACCCAUUGGUUUAUACUGGUCCCCAGAGCUGA